UCAAGCGACCGUGGCCCCGCCCGCGGCACCUGCCCCUGGCGGCGUCCGUGGCCUACACGUGCGCACCUGGGAUGGGCUGUGGCAAUUCGAAGCCACAGGAGGAGGCUGCCAGCCCACAACCUGGCACAAGUCAACCUCCACCUUCGCAGCAGCCCGUGGUUCCAGCACCCACAGCAUCGCUCGCGACUGUGAGGAGUGACAAAGUCAUCGUGCCUCGCAGCUUUCGCUUGCUGGAUGAAUUGGAAAAGGGACAAAAGUGUGAGAGAGCAUCACACCUCUCAUGGGGUUUGGCGUAUGAUGACGACAUCACACUAACAACUUGGAAUGGCACCAUUUUUGGACCAAUUGACACCGCCUAUGAUAACCGCAUUUACUCCCUGGUGAUUGUGACCGGGCCUAGCUAUCCUGAUGUUCUGCCUGAAGUUCGCUUCACGGCGGGCAUCAAUAUGAAUUGCGUGGAGCCCGACGGACAGGUGAAACCCACAUGGGGAGUCCUAGGCAAUUGGAAGCGAGAGUACACUAUUGAGACGGUCUUAGAUGCACUUCGACGCGAGAUGUGCAGCCCCAACAAUCGCCAUUUGGCACAGCCUGAUACUGCGCCACCGGCGGGAAAUAGCUAGAAUCUAGCAGCAGCAAAUGUGAUAGGUGAGAAUCACUUUGAGAACGUCGCUUGCUGAACAAUUGCCUUUUCCUUCGGCAAAUGUUACUGAGGCGGCGGAGCGUGAGAGGCUGACCCGGGAGGUGUCAUGAUCCACGA